GGUUCAUAGUAUCGCGAGCGCUCAGCACGAAAGGAUCCGUCCGGGAAUCGGUGUCCGAGUGAAAGACACGGAGGAGCAGCAGGAAGAAGCGAAGAAAAAACAGGGUUGAAAAUUUGUAGGAUCCAAACGAAAAAAGUCCGGAACCAGUUAUUGCUUUUCGAAACUCGGUACCGCUUUGCCUUCUAAUAUUUUUCAUCGUCAUCGUCAUUUUUUAUGGAAAUCUCUGUUCUCUGUGCGUGUAGUAAAAGUGUGCUGAAACGAGUGAAAAGUGUGUCAAUGUUCUUGCACUACUAGAGUCGGAAAAGCGAGAAAAAAGUUUUCACUGCUUGCUUGCCAAUCGAAAGGCUCGUGCUCACUACUCAAAGUCAAAAGUCGCUAAAAUUGCCUUCAUUGCUAAAUAUAAAACGAAAAGUUUUGCUACCAAAAGUAAAAUUAGUUUGCUGUCGUGCAGAAAAAUAAGUUCUUUGUGAAAGUGAAUACGUGAUCCAUGAUUUCACCUUCAAAAAUCAACCCCAAGCAAGUGUUUGAAUAGUGUGAUCUUAUUGUGCAUCGUCACCAAGUGCACGGCGUAGAAUCGAAAGAGAGUCCCAUCCUGAUUUUUCUUCAACCCCCUUUACUCGAAAGGAUUCAUGCACGUAACAAAAGCACCUGCAGCACUACAACUACUACUACCCCAACCGCUGCUAGAGUGCAACCACACAGCGCGGCGAGUCCUGACAGGUUGGUCGAGCCAGGAACAGGACACGCAGUCGAGCCAGCCGCAGAGAAUUUAAAGAUAAAUAUAGACAGCGCCAGGGACAAAAUGAAGAAACUCGAUACCGAUUUAUGACUCGUAAAAACCAGAUCGGGUGGCUGUAAACUAAAGGUGACGACUCGUUGUCUACCGGCGGCUUCAACCGUGACGACCUACCAGCUAGCACCACCGACUAUACCCCCUCCCCAACCACCGACUCCGACCAACGACGAAGACGACGGAACUGCAGUCACCUUCGAGCUGGGUGCGGGAAGCGGACCCCCCACAAACAUCACCACCAAUCCCUCCUUUUCCAUCAGUAGCAGCAGCAGCAACAACAACAGACAUAACCAUAACCAUAACCAUCCACAGUCACAUCAAGAACAAGCCGAAACUGCCACCCGAAGAAUCGAUAACAGCCACUACUAUAAUAGCUCAACGAACGACUCCGGCAUCGAUAUUCAGGCGCCGGGCGCAGAAACAUCAGGCACCGUGGACCGGCCCGCGACGGAAUACGUACGGAACAAGAGUACGACGCGCAGUUGGCCGGUAAUACACCGGAACAACUCGUACCGGUACCAGCUACAGCCGUCGGGACAUAACCACCGGCGGCAACAAUCGCACCAAUACUAUCAAUAUGACUACGACGCCCUAACCGGUGCGAACUGUCCCUCAAAUGAUACCAACAACAACAUCAACUUUACCCUGAACGAAGAUUAUCUAGUCAACAAUAGCAGUUACGAUAAAUCGCCCAGCAUUGAUAGCUAUUAUUAUCAGCACUAUAGGCCUAGUAUGCAACAGUCGACCACGACCAUGACCACGACUACUGCAGGACAGGGCGGCGCCACCAUCACUUCUACCGCACACCACCAAACCCAAGCCGGCACGGCAACCUGUUGUAUGAUGCCACCACCAGUUCUAUUCCUAUUCUUCACAUUGCUGAUGACCUCGAGCGCGACGGCCAUGCUCUGCGCCGCCAUCAUGACCGAUCACUGGGAGCACGUGUCCUGGAACCGGGACCACCUGGAACGACUCGCAAACAAAUCGUCCAUCGAGCUGCAGUGGUACCUGGACGGCCGGGCGGCCAAGUUCUCCCUGUCCGAGAUGCACCGAAAGUCCGGGGACGCCAGGAGAAAAGAUCUUGAUCUGCCACGGCGCUACGGCUACGGACCCCGGAACAACAAACCGUCGCCGGUAGACAACCGAGCCAACGUGUUCCUGGUGCCGAUGAACGGCGGCAUCUGGACACUGUGCGUCGAUCUCACGCCCGACGAGCUCCGGUCAAUGUCCGAAGACGGCUUCCCGCAGGUCGACCAGUGCGUCAACUAUCUCGCCGGCAAUACUGACAACGGCGCCCAGCCGAACGCCAACGAAGAAAAUACCCGUGCCGAAUGGCAACACAGUGAGUUCCAGCCCUCAUUACAUCCGCAUUUAAGAAUGCAGAACCUGUCGAUCUCCUGCUCACUGGUGUGCCUUAUCAUCCUGGGUAGUGCCGCCCUGGUCGGGGCAUUUGGCGUGUGUCAGCGGCAGAUCAGUGCCGUGCUGGUUACCGGCGUGAUGUACUUGUUGGCCGCUCUGUUUGCACUGUUCACGCUGAUGAUAAUACACUUCAAGCGCCAGCAAGGACGUCCGCUGACGGAGAUCGACUACGGCGUGUCCAUCGACGGCGUGGUCGCCAUCAAGCCGGACUAUCUGUACGCUCAGCCGCUGCUGGACGCGCGGGUCAUCGUAACCGCCUGGAGCCUCGACCUCGGCUGGGGUGGCGUCGUUCUGUGCGCCUUCACCGCGUUCCUCUGGAUACUGCUGUCCAAGAUCAUGAGAUUCAACCCGCUGUCGGCAAUGAUUUGAUGAUUCAAAAUCAAGUUCAACAAGGUGGCCGUCUACAAUGUGACAUAGGCAAAUGCGUCGCGGCGGUGCGUGAUCUGUGGUUAAUAGGUACUUCUCUGCAUGUUCCAAGAUUGUUUUACCCCAUCCACAACACGCUCUACCGAUAUAUAGAAGAAGAACCAACAACUAGACUCUCCCUUCCUCCCUCCACCCCCACAUCUUUGAAAUCGAUCUGUAGUGUGGCCUAUCCAGUUUAAGAUACACACUAACAUACCACGUACAUAUUAAAAGAAAAACACCCAUCUAACGAAUUCAAUACCACCUCUUUGUAGAACAAAUCAAAUCGCUAUCAAGCAAUUCUUUUCCAUUUGUAGACUGAUGAAAUCAGAACCAACAAAAAAAGGAAACAUUUUUACAGACUAAAGUCAGCUUUUAACAAAAACCAAAUCUGUAGUUUUGACUUAUUGGAUUUCGCUAAAAUCAACAACGUCAAAAAAAAGAAAAAGAAAAUUUAUUAAAUCAAUCGCUACAACCGAUAGGGAUGGUUUCGCGUUGGAACUAAAGAAAUGUAGUCAUUUAAAAGAGCUUUCAAAGAUGAAAAGGAUAUUGUAUUGAAGAGAAGAAAAAAAAAACUAACGAAUUAUCGAAUGGAACAGUACACACACCCACGCGGUACGACUUAUUGCAAUGCUUUCAUUGCCAGUUUUGGAUUCUACGUAUUUUUUCCCUCCUAGAAACCCGAGAAGAAAUUCAAACAACAAAACAACACUUUAUCAUAACAAUGCAUCAUCAUCAAAAGGGCACAAUUUGUCCUAAGAGGAACAAAAAGUAAACUUUAAACGUUUAACAACACAAAUAAACUCACACACACACACAAAUGCUGCAAAAAUCCACUCAUAAAUCUAGACUAAAUUUUCAAAACAACAUAUGAGUCAUGGGUUUCCUAUGCAGAUAGGACCUUUUGAAAAUUUAAUCUAGAAAUAACUUUGCAUUACUAGAUUUACUAAUAUAUUUUAUGUAAAUGCUUUGCCUUAACAAAACAAAACUAAACAAAAUGAACAAGCGCAUGAAGAUUCACUAUAUACAAAUAAAUGAUCUAUCGGAA